AGUCUUCCUAUUUUUUUUUUAUUUUUUUUACACAUUAUCAGUGUUGGCUCCCUGCAUUCUACAGAAUUCAUCACUGUUGGGUUGAUAAAAAUGUCAGAAUCUGGAUCAGCAACCAAGAGGCACAACCCUGUAGACAGUAUUCGCCGCAAGAUCAAGACUAUCGAGAUGCGGGACCAGGACUCCAACCCACACCUACAGAUCCCCAAAUUUCAGUCUAGAAACUUUGACAGUCCCCAGUCCAGCACAAAGAAAGACUUGGAGGAGGUUCUGAAGAAUCGCGCCAUGAAAAGCGCCAGCAAAGACCCGGGGAGCCCCAGCACACUGGUUGCCUUCUCCCCACGGAUCCAGGUUCAGUCUCCGAUGAUGCAACAAGUACUGGACUAUGACUCCCCACUGAGCAGUAUGCUCUACUCUGCUAGUGUGACCUCCAAAGAGAAGGCCAGGAAAGUCUGGCCAUCCUGCGGCUCCCAGAGCUGCUCCACGCCAGUCGUCUUUCCCCGAGAGACCCACUUCAAGUUCCACCAGUCCACCAAUCCAAGCUCUGUUAUCUUUGAAGACCGGAUCUUGCCCUCUGUUUCAAGUUUUUACUUUGACCAAAAAUCUGAAAAUUUUACAUUGAAGUCUCCAGUUGUGAAGAGGUUGUCAAUGAGUGAGAGUGCAGGUCUGAAGCGUACAAUAGAACACAAACAUGAGUCGGCAUCUGAAGUCAGUCUGAUCUGUGAGGAGGACCUACUGGACAGCAUUUUCCAUGCCUGCGACACUGAACGCAGAGGUAAGGUGGCAGUGUCGAAAAUCGUGGAUUACCUGCGAUAUACAACCAGCCGCGGCUCGGAAGACAGUGGACUCAGUGAACUGUGCAACAUGCUGGAUCCAGAGAAGAGGGACAUAUCGAUGGACCUGGACACCUACCACGCCAUUAUGAAAGAAUGGGUGGAUGACUGCCGCAACAAUGCCACUGAAAAUAAGACAAAGGAUUCUGCCAUUACUGAGGACUCCAUGAUUAAACUGCGGGACAGUAUACUGGCAGUUCGCAGGAUCUCUGGGACCACCAUGAAUAUCACAUCUGGCAGUCUGGAGGCAUUUGGUGGUGACAUCUCGCGGGAUCUUGAUACCUCAGACCUCAUUACCUGCGUCGCCGACUUGCAGUACAACAACCAAAAGCUGCAGGAGGAGAAGGGCAAGUUGAAGAGCGCCCUAGAGGUGCAGGAGGAGACCAACCACCGUCUGCUGGAGGAGAAUGAAGAGCUGCGCAGCCAGUGGAAGAGUGCCCAGCAGUCCGUUAGCAAAGCUCGAGUUUUGAAGGGAGAGCUGGAGGAGAUGAAAUCAAACAUGAAUCUUCUGGAGGAGGUCAGAGCCAAGCUGGUAGCCCAGAACAAACAGAUGGACAAGGAGAACAUUGCUUUGAUUCACAAGAUCAGCUCCCUGCAAGAAGAGAAUCACCGCAGCACCCUAGAAGUGGAAGAAGUAAGGAAGACCUUUUGUGAGGUUUCGGAAAAAGCGUCUAUUCUACAGAUACAGCUGACGGAAUUUGAGAGCACGUUGCAGAAGAAGGAUGCCGGGCUCCUUGUGGUGAGGCCAAAGUAG